AUGGGACCCGAAGCGAUGCAAGCGCUUGAUGUGCUUGACCAGCACAAGCGCGCCUGUAAGGACAGGUACUACCGCCAAGCCCUUAAGCGAGAGUCAAAUAAAGCUCGCUACGUGGACACCUACUCCAAAGUGAACUGCUUGAAGCAAAUGAUUGCAAAGGACCGUGGCUUCCAAGUUACUGUCAAGCACCCCAGGCUUUGGUACUUGCUUGACACAGACAUCGGUGGCCCCAUUCAAAACCUCGGCACUCCUCCCACCCCCCGCUGGGAUGCACAAGGGCAACUUGGUCUCCGCGAGAAGCCUCUCCUUUUGCUUUUCUUCUUUUGCCUAUUACUUGCACUUCUCUUCUUUGUUAUAUUUGCAACCUAG